GGGAGGGACUUCCGGGGUGGGGCGAGGUGGUGCCGGCUCAAAAGCGCCCGGAUGCGGGACCGGCUCGGAACUUUCCAGAAAAGUCGGGCUCGGCGCUGGGCAAGGAGUCGCGGUGGUGUGCGGGACCGCCCGCUGCUAACGGGUCGCCCUCCGCCAUGGUGAAGGAGACUACCUACUACGAUGUGCUGGGCGUGAAGCCCAACGCCUCCGCCGAGGAGCUGAAGAAGGCCUACCGCAAACUGGCGCUGAAGUACCACCCGGACAAGAACCCCAAUGAGGGGGAGAAGUUCAAGCAGAUCUCCCAAGCUUACGAAGUGCUGUCGGACCCGAAGAAAAGGGACCUGUAUGACAAAGGAGGCGAGCAAGCCAUCAAAGAGGGUGGCUCUGGCGGUGGGUUCGGGUCACCCAUGGACAUAUUCGAUAUGUUCUUUGGCGGCGGUGGGAGGAUGCAGAGAGAAAGACGAGGUAAAAAUGUGGUGCAUCAGUUGUCAGUAAGUUUAGAAGAUAUGUACAAUGGUGCAACGAGGAAGCUCGCACUGCAGAAGAAUGUUAUCUGUGACAAAUGUGAAGGUCGUGGUGGUAAGAAAGGUGCAGUGGAGUGCUGCCCUAACUGCAGAGGAACGGGCAUGCAGAUCAGAAUUCACCAGAUUGGGCCAGGAAUGGUGCAGCAGAUCCAGUCGGUGUGCAUGGAGUGCCAGGGGCACGGGGAGCGUAUCAGCCCCAAGGACAGGUGCAAGAGCUGCACUGGCAGAAAAAUUGUCAGGGAGAAGAAGAUACUGGAAGUUCACAUUGACAAAGGAAUGAAGGAUGGUCAGAAGAUAACAUUCCAUGGUGAAGGGGACCAAGAGCCAGGACUAGAGCCAGGUGACAUUAUUAUUGUCCUGGAUCAAAAAGACCACUCUACAUUUACAAGACGAGAUGAAGACCUUCUUCUGUCCAUGGAUAUUCAGCUGGUUGAAGCACUCUGUGGCUUUCAGAAGCCCAUCACCACGCUGGAUAAUAGAACCAUUAUUAUCACCUCCCAUCCUGGCCAGGUUGUGAAGCAUGGUGCUAUCAAGUGUGUGCUGAAUGAAGGGAUGCCCAUUUACCGCAGGCCGUAUGAAAAAGGACGUCUGAUCAUAGAAUUCAGGGUGAACUUUCCAGAGAGUGGUUUCCUCUCCUCAGAAAAGCUGUCUUUACUGGAAAAACUGCUACCUGCGAGGCAGGAAAUAGAAGAAACUGAGGAAAUGGAACAAGUGGAGCUAGUGGACUUUGAUCCAUCUCAAAAAAGAAGACAUCACUAUAAUGGAGAAGUCUACGAAGAUGAUGAGCAUCACCCUAGAAGUGGUGUUCAAUGCCAGACAUCAUAAAAGGGCCAGUGAAUAACUUGUGAUGCUUGUUUUGUAUGCAUUAGUGUAUGAGUGAAGGACUACAAGCAGAUCACCCUCACUUUCUGCUGUUUGUUGUUCUGUCCAGCCAUAGUUGUUUCUAAAAGCAUAAAGAAAUAAACUAAGUGAGUAAACUGACUUUGCAGUUUGUAUAAAGCUCCAGGAUACAAGCCCAAAUGAAAUUGAUUGCACUUCUUUCCUGCCUCUUGGUCAAGAAAAUUUCCUUACCUGCUUGUCUUUUAUUCCAAGCCUUGUAGUUCCUCUAUGUGUGCAAUUGCCCAAGUUUAAACUAGGAUUCUGUGGUGUUCUUAGGAAUUCUAGAUCUUAUACUCUGUUAAUAAAACAUGCACAAGUACUAAUAAUUCAUGUUAAGAUACAGCUAGAUUUUGUACAAGUUAGGAUAAUAUGUUCAUGUUUUGGGCUUCUACUGGUGUUCUGUUUAAUCAGGGCUGGUUCUAGUGCAGCCACCUAAUAUGUGAAGCUGACAUGAUGUGGUCAGGCUUCACAGGCCUGUUAGUCAUGCAGACCACAAGCUCUCUGAAGCUGCUGUACUUAGGUCAAAUAGUUGUUUCCUCUGCCAGCUUUGGUCUGACCCUGGAGCUUGCUUUGGUUCAUUGCUGAUUACUGUCUGCCUGCUGCCCUGCACAAUACUGCUUCUAGAGACUGGUUGCUUGGCUUCUUUGCUACUGCCUGUGAAUAAAUCUCCAGGCUUUUAUCAACACACAUCAGGUUUGGAGUCUGUCAGCCUGAUGGCAUGUGAAGCUUGACUCCCACCUUGAUCAUUGAGAUCAGAUACCCCUGGGUGGGGUAUCAUGCAAAGCAGUACCAGCCCUGUUGGUGGGGAUAUUGUGAACCUGCAGAAUAGAAACUCACUGUCAAUUAAUAAAAUAAACUGAUGAAUCUAGGA